AUGAACGCUACGGAGCUCCUCGCCAACUCCCUCUCUGCAGAUGCUCAUACGCGUCAGGAUGCCACCCAAAAGCUCGAGAGCGCUGCCCAGGACAACUACCCGCAGUACAUGUUAAUGCUCUCAUCGGUCCUGGUCGACGAGAGCACACCCAUUCACAUCCGUAACGCUGCCGGUCUCGCCCUCAAAAAUGCGCUGACCGCCCGAGAAAGCACACGGCAAACGGACAUGACAAAUAGGUGGCUUUCGUUGCCCAACGAUACCAAGGCGAAGAUCAAGCAAGAUGCAUUGAUCACCCUUAGCUCCAGCAAUCCCAAGGCGGGCAACUUUGCCUCGCAGGUCGUGUCCGCCAUUGCUGCAGUCGAAUUGCCUCAGGGUCAAUGGCCAGAUCUGAUUGAGAUCCUCCUUGGGUUCGUCAACAACCAAACUAAUACCAAUCUCCGUAUCGCGACUCUCCAGACCAUCGGUUUUAUCUGUGAAGCGAUUAAACCUGAGAUUCUAAGCUUGCGAUCGAACGAAAUCCUUACAGCCGUCAUUCAUGGCGCUCGAAAGGAGGAGCCUUCGCCGGAUGUGCAGUUGGCUGCAAUCCACGCUCUAUUCAACUCGCUCGAGUUUGUGCGGGAGAAUUUCGAACGAGAGGGCGAGCGCAACUACAUUAUGCAAGUGGUGUGUGAGGCGACGCAAAAUGGCUCUGUUGGUGUGCAAGUGGCGGCUUUCGAGUGCCUAGUGCGGAUCAUGAGUCUCUAUUACGACAAGAUGGGGCUGUACAUGGAACAAGCAUUAUUCGGCUUGACGGUUGUUGGCAUGAAACACCCUGAUGAGCGUGUUGCACUUCAAGCAGUAGAAUUCUGGUCGACUGUUUGCGAGGAAGAGGUUGAUCUUGCUCUCGAGGCCCAAGAGGCUGCUGAAUACGGGGACGCACCUGAAACGGAAUCCAGGUUUUUUGCCAAGAUCGCCCUUCCUGAGAUCGUGCCCGUCCUUCUGCAACUCCUCACUCAACAAGAAGAGGACGCUGAAGAGGACGAAUGGAACGUAUCUAUGGCUGCUGGUACCUGCCUCAGCUUGCUCGCUGGCGCUGUGCAGGACGCCAUCGUUCCCGCCGUUAUCCCCUUCAUCGAGGCGCACAUCAAGUCCGGCGAUUGGCACCAACGCGAGGCCGCCGUGAUGACCUUUGGCUCGAUCCUCGAGGGCCCUGACCCUGCGGUCCUCACUCCGCUCGUCAACCAGGCUCUACCCCUUCUCAUUGACAUGAUGACAGACACGAAUGUGCAUGUCAAAGAUACCACCGCCUGGACGCUCGGUCGUAUCUGCGACCUCCUGAUUGGCACUAUCAAGCCCGACGUGCAUUUGCACCCCCUGAUUUCGGCUCUCGUUAACGGCUUGCAAGAUUCCCCUAGGAUCAUUGCCAACUGCUGCUGGGCGCUCAUGAACCUCGCCGAUCAGUAUGUGUUUUACGAGGAGGAAGGAGAGGCUGCACAGAGUGGUCCUCUGUCGCCCUACUAUGAAGGUGUGGUGCAGGCGCUGCUUCGUGUUACGGAGAGCUCUGGAAAUGAAUCUAACUUCAGAACGGCUGCCUAUGAGGCUAUCACUUCAUACCUUACCCAAGCAACACCUGAUGCAAUCCCGGUCGUGCAGAGCACUGCUGUUACGGUUCUGCAGAGAAUGGAACACCUCCUGAGCAUGCAAAACCAAAUCCUCGGCGUGGACGAUCGCAAUAACUGGAACGAGCUCCAGAGCAAUCUAUGCGGGGUUGUCAUUUGUGUCAUCCGCAAGCUCGCCGAAGGCAUCCAACCCCUCGCUGACCGCAUUAUGACCCUCGUCCUGCAAUUAAUCCAGUCAGCAGGGAAGACUUCAACGAUCCUCGAAGAUGCCUUCCUUGUCGUCGGAGCUCUAGCUUCUGCUUUGGAAUCGCAGUUCUCGCCUUACAUCCAGGCCUUCCUUCCUUUCCUCUAUCCUGCACUUAAGGCACACGAAGAUACCCAACUUUGCACAGUUGCCGUUGGUAUCAUCGGCGACAUCUCGCGUGCUCUUGGCGAGCAGUCUGCCCAAUAUGCAGGCCCCUUCAUGACCGUUCUUUUCGAGAAUCUUCAAAGCGACGUUCUUAAUAGAAACGUCAAGAUCUCGAUUUUGUCGUGUUUUGGAGACAUCGCACUUGCUGUUGGACCCGCCUUCGAGCCGUACUUUGAGACGACGAUGAGCGUCUUGAGGCAAGCGGGUGCCGUUGAGCCCAAUCCCCUCGACUACGAUCUCGUUGACUACGUCGGCCAGCUGCGCGAAGGUAUCCUCGAGGCGUAUACCGGCAUCGUCACCGGCUUGAAGAAGACAGAGAAGGUUAACAUUCUCAUCUCGCACUCUCAAAGCAUCUUGGAGCUCGUUCACCGGUGCCUCGUCGAUGAGGAACGCUCUGAUGCUCUGAUGCGGCUGUCGUAUGGUCUAAUUGGUGAUCUUGCGGAUUGUUUCCCUGGCGGACAGCUCAAGCAGCUCCUUCUUGCCAACUGGAUCGUUCAGGAGCUGCGCUCAAGGCAACGUAUGGUUGAGGAGACGAAGAAAACUAUGCGAUGGGCGCGCGAGGCUGUCAAACGCGCGACCCAGUAA